AUGUUCGAGCAAAGGAAAGCAAAGAUUGGGGAUGGCGACAGUGCAUAUAGAAAAUACAGGGGCCAGCCUGGAAUUCGAGUUUCGAAUGUCGAAUGUGGAGUCGUCUACUGCUUUCUCAGGUUGAGCUCUUGCAAUGCAAUGAUUGCCAAGUUUACAGGUUAUGGUUCCUUCCACUGUGAACAAUCUGUUAGCGGGAUAGCACUAAGUCUGCUUCUGUGCGCAAUGAUUGCCAAGUCUCAAGAGCUGUAA